GACCAGGCUCGGUUGAGUCGUCGGGUUGAGGAGGAGUGCGGUUGGAGUGCUAGAGGGUCGCGGCCGCGAUGAUCUGACAGAUGAAAUAGCGGAAAAAAAGGAAGAGAAGGCGGUCGUCCACCCACACAAAACAUGUUCCCCAAAGGCAAAAGCACCCCGGUGCCGUCGGACGGCCAAGCACGAGAAAAGUUGGCUCUGUACGUCUAUGAGUAUUUGUUGCAUAUAGGAGCACAGAAGUCCGCACAGACCUUUUUAUCAGAGAUACGAUGGGAGAAAAACAUAACACUCGGAGAACCCCCUGGAUUCCUACAUUCCUGGUGGUGUGUAUUCUGGGACUUGUAUUGUGCUGCACCAGAGAGGAGAGAGACAUGUGACCACUCCAGUGAAGCAAAAGCCUUCCAUGAUUACAGUGCAGCAGCAGCCCCCAGUCCUGUGAUGGGAGGGAUGCCCCCUGGUGAGGGCAUGCCAGGAGGACCCAUGCCACCCGGCUUUUUUCAGGGUCCUCCUGGUCCCCAGGGCUCUCCUCACCCUCAGCCUCCUCCCCCUAACAGUAUGAUGGGACCUCACAGUCAGUCCUUCAUGUCGCCUCGCUUCGCUGGAGGCCCAAGAGGUCCCCCCAUCAGGAUGGCCAACCAGCCCCCAGGCGGAGGACCGGGUCCUCAUCCCAUGCUGCCCAACAUGGACCCAACACGGCCACAAGGCCAUCCUAACUUGGGGCCAAUGCAGAGAAUGAGCGGCCCUCGAGGCAUGGGACCUAUGGGGCCCGGCCCUCAGAACUUCGGUGGCGGGAUGAGGCCUCCACACAACGCCAUGGGUCCUGGUAUGCCAGGAGUAAACAUGGGUCCAGGGACUGGUCGGCCCUGGCCCAAUCCCAACAAUGCCAACUCUAUGCCUUACUCAUCACCCUCUCCUGGUGCAUACGGGGGUGCUUCUGGAGGUGGGGGCCCCCCAGGAACUCCCAUCAUGCCCAGCCCUGCAGACUCAAACAACUCUGGUGACAAUUUGUACACCAUGAUAAACACUGGAUCCGGCAACCGAAACAAUUUCCCUAUGGGCCCCGGCUCUGACGGGCCCCUGGGAGCCAUGGCUGGGAUGGAACCACACCACAUGAACGGGUCACUAGGCUCUGGUGAUUUGGAUGGAAUGAACAAGAAUUCCCCAAACAAUUUAAGUGGCAUUAGCAAUCCUCCUGGGACCCCAAGGGAUGACGGGGAGCUGAGCGGAAACUUCCUCCACUCCUUUCAGAGCGAGAGCUACUCUCCAACCAUGACGAUGAGUGUGUGACCUCCCCUCCACCCCACCCGACAUUAUUUGCCAUCAUUCCGAGGAUCUGAACUCCCUUUAGGACACGGCCAAACACAUCAGCACCGAAUCAGGGACAGGCGCCAUUUUGGUUCCACACUAACGCCAGAAUGCUGAUCGGAGAAAAAUCAAAAUGGCUGGCGACUACUGCUCCUUGCUCAAAAUGAAGGACAAUUUCUCCAUUUAUCACAAACCCCAAUUGUGACGAAAACCAGCUACUGAAAUGCAUACAUGACACGUUUUAUGUUCUUUGCAGAGUCCCGACAUCCCUCUCAGUCCCCUCAACCCUAGAGCGAAGAGAGGGGAGGAAAAAAAAGAAAAAA